UCGGUAGUAAUAUAUUACAUACAUUUACAUCUUCAAUAAUAAUGGAAGUAUUUGCCCCUGUUGCAGCAUGUUGGUGUUGUUUAUUAAUGGUGAUCGUCUUCCUGUCAGCCUCCGCUAUUGCACAGACGACAACCAACGCUCCGAUUGCUCGUCCAGGUUGCCCCACCCACUGCGGAAACUUGACGGUUCCCUACCCAUUCGGAAUCGGGAUAGGAAGUCAAUGUGCACUUGAUUCCGGAUUCCAGAUAAUCUGCGACACUAGUAUUUCCGGUCAACCCAGAGCAUUCUUUAGCGGAUGGAAUGGUCUCCGCUUUGUCUAUAACAUAUCAGAAACCCAGAUCUCGGUUAAGCACUCCCCAAGUAUACCAACCAAAUGCUACGACUCCAACGGAGCAUUGCUUCGUAAGCCGCCAUUUCUAUACUCAACUCAUUGGAUACUGCCCAUACAAAGAUAUUAUCACUACAGCCUCUCCCCUGAAAACAAGUUAACCACAGUUGGCUGCGACGAUACUCUGGUGAUAUCCGACGGAACCAAUAUUACUUCCUCAUGCACUUCCACAUGUUCUAAUGCCUCUCAAGUGCCUGACAAUGGGACUUGUUCCGGUAUCGGCUGCUGCCAAUUACCCUUACCUAAAAGCCCCAACAAGGUCUACAAUAUUAGCAUGCUCAGUGCCUGGAACCACACCAGGGUCUGGUCAUUCAAUCCCUGCGGCUACAUGUUCACUGGAGAUACGAGUCGGUUCAGAUUCCUUGGUGCAUCUGAUUUGAGCAAUCCUAAUUUCACACGGAGGGUUUUCGAAAACGUUCCAGUGGUUCUAGACUGGACAGUUGGAGACUUGAGUUGCAAAGAAGCCCAAAGCAGUAGUGGAUAUGCAUGCCAAGCCAAUAGCCAUUGCGUAGAUUCAGACACGGGAUUUGGUGGUUAUCGCUGCGAAUGCGAUUAUGGCUAUGAAGGCAACCCAUAUCUCACUCAAGGCUGCGUCAUGGCGUUAGACAAGCCAAUUGGAAACUUGAGUUGUAAUGAAGCCCAAAAAAGAAGUGGAUAUGCAUGUCAAGCGAAUAGCUAUUGCGUAGAUUCAGGCACAGGAAAGGGAGGUUACAUGUGCCGCUGUGAUGAUGGUUAUGAAGGCAACCCAUAUCUAAGUCCAGGUUGCACUGAUAUUGAUGAAUGCAAAAGUCCAGAGAAUAAUACAUGUAUACUACAAUGCAACAACAUUCCAGGGGGCUUCAAGUGUAGUUGUCUCCAAGGGUACUAUGGCGACGGAAGAAAAGAUGGUCAGGGUUGCCUUCUUAUGAACAAAAAGUCAAUUUCAUGGUUUAAAUUCUUUCUAGGGAUAGGAUUGGGAAUAUUUGCCUUGGUUGCUGUGGCUACUUCACUCUGCUAUAUCAUCAAGAAAACAAAUCGUGCUAACAUGAGGCUCAAGUUCUUUGAACAAAAUGGUGGCUUCUUACUCAAACAAAAGAUAGCCUCCAGCGAUGGAUCAGAGGUGACCAAAAUUUAUUCUGCCAAACAGCUCACCGAAGCUACCAAUAACUAUGCUCAAGAUAUGAUUUUGGGUCGAGGUGGAAAUGGCAUUGUAUUUAAAGGAAUUUUACCAAAUAUGCUUGAAGUUGCAAUUAAAAGAUCCAAAACAGUGGAUGACACUCAAAUUGAGCAGUUCAUCAAUGAGGUGGUUAUUCUUUCUCGAAUCAAUCACCGCCAUGUUGUCAAAUUCUUGGGGUGUUGCUUGGAAGCUGAAGUUCCUCUGCUAGUAUAUGAAUAUAUCUCUAAUGGAACUCUCCAUCACCAUAUCCAUCGCCAUACUGGUGCAUCAGAUUGGUUGUCUUGGGAAAAUCGUUUGAGAAUUGCAAUUGAAGCUGCAGGUGCACUUGCUUAUCUUCACUCUGCCGCAUCCAUGCCUAUAAUCCACCGAGACGUCAAGUCAACCAACAUAUUGAUAGACGAAAACUACACUACAAAGAUCUCUGAUUUCGGAGCUUCCAGGUUAGUCCCUUUGGAUCACACACAUGUGGCAACACUAGUCCAAGGAACACUUGGCUAUUUGGAUCCAGAAUACUUCCAAACAAGCCGGUUGACAGAAAAGAGUGAUGUAUACAGUUUUGGAGUAGUCUUAGCCGAACUUCUAACAGAAAGGAAACCCGUGUCUCCAAAUAUGAAUGAGGAGGAGGAUCGAAACUUAUCUGCAUUUUUUGUUCGAUCCGUGAAUGAGAAUAGACUGUUUCAGAUUCUUGUGCCUAGGCUAGUAAAGGAGGGGACACUAGAACAACUUCAAAGAAUUGCAGAGCUUGUGAAAAGAUGUCUUCAACUUAAAGGAGAAGACAGGCCUAAAAUGAAAGAAGUGGCCAGUGAACUUGAACAUAUAAGAUACUCUGCUGAACAUUCAUGGGCAGAACCUCGUUUUAUACUUGAAGAGGAUAAAGCGUCAGAUCUUUAUCCAGUGACAAUAAGCCCAUAGUGCUUAUGCCCGCAUGUGAUGAGAUCAUAUCAUUUAACUUUAAUCUCUUUGUAUGAUAAUAAUAGACUAUACCUUAAGUGAUAUUUCUACUUUA